UUAGCUCCUUGGAGUAGAGACUACAGUCUAUGGAAAUGUGUGUAAAAAUAAAUAAUGCACAAAAAUAAAAGCAAGACGCUGCUAUCCUUUUCUAUUCUUGGACAUGCUGGUGGUUGAGAUCCCAUGAUACUGACCAGAUCUGCUUCGGACAGAAUCCCUUGAAGAGCGAUCAGUGCUAGCUGAGCUCUUUCACGGAAUGGAGCCAAGCCACCCCGCUUGUUGCCUUUUGCAAUGACCAGCCCAUCCACAGAGCUGCAGAGAGGAAGCCUUUUCACACGACACUUGGUCCUGUGGCUGCAACACCAUGUCAAGCAAUGACGGUCCUGAUGGCCCAACUUCCACAACAACAAUCAGCUCUGUUCUUGUUCAGGCUGGAGACUGCAGAGUCAUCAUAGCUAUACUUAAGUGUGGACAAUGGGUGCAGCUCCAGCUAGCAGAAUCAGUACCAAAUGUAUUAGAGAUUGGCAGCAACCAAGAAGAGACCAAAAAGUUGUUACAAGAUCACGAACUUCUCCUGGCUAAGAUUAAGCCUUUGGAGGGCCAGAUCUGGGACCUGUUACGUGAGGCAGACAAAACUGCAGCAGAAAACAAAGGUCAAGAACAGGUGUAUGAUGCCAUGGCGGAGACAUUGGGAGAUGCUUGGGAUUCGCUUAUUAUUGUCCUGGAGAAGCGUAGGUCGCUUUUGAAGCUUGCUGCAGAUUUUUUUGAAAAUGCUCUAGAGUUUGCUAUCAAGAUCGACCAAGUUGAAGAUUUCCUGCAGAAUUCCCAAGAGUUUGAGAACCCCGAGUCCCUGAGAGCUCUUCUGAAACAGCAUGAACACCAUACAAAAGAGCUUUUAGAAAAAUCUCUGGUUCUCUUAAACAAAAGCCAUGACCUUACGGAAUUUAUAGAGGAAUUUAAGUCUGAUGGUCCGAACAUAAAUCCAGCAUUCAUCCAAGGAGCCCACAAUAGCUGCGUGAAAAUUGCUAGUCUCCUUGAAGCUCUCCAAGACAGGAGAAGGCAACUGGACAAAUACCUGAAGCUGCAGCGCCAAGGACUGGAGCAGGUUUUACAAAUUUGUCAGUGGCACCAUCAGGAAAAUCAGGUAACUUCUUGGUACAAGAAGAAUAUAAAAGAUUAUUUCCAUAAACAAGACCGUGGUUCAUCUUUAAAAGAAAAUGAAGACUUACUUGAGGAGCACAAGGAAAUGGAAAAUAAGGUUAAAGAAUGGAACUCUGUUGUGGAAGAAUUGAAAUCUGAUGCACUAAAAAUUCUGUUUUCUGAAGAAUAUGCUGAAAAAGAGCACUUAAAGCUUUCAAAUCAGAAAAUUAACCUGUUGCAGACCGAAGUGAAGCGUUGCAUGGAUGACCGGAAGGCUUCAUUGCAAGAAACCAAUGACUUCUUCACUUCAGCAAGGAAGGCAUAUGAUGUUCUUGAAAAAGUAGAGACUUCUCUUCAAGUGCUUGACUCUGAAGAUAUAACCUUGUCUGCCUUGGCAAUAAAACACCAGGAACUGGAGAAAGAACUACAAGAUGGAACAGCUGAUGCCUUGCAAAAGGGGCACACAUUGCUUAGUAAAGGAAAUACCCAAAGUUCUUCAGUGACUGGUGUCCAGGAAAUGGUAGGUUCCAUUCAGAAAAGAAGAGAUCAAUUGAUGAAAAAGUGUCUUGGUCACAAAGAACAUGAGUCAAAAAAGCAACCCAUCACCACCUCUUUAGAUGAUUACGUCAUCAAGGCCUCUGCAAAGAUAAAGAACAUUGGUCCAGUCGUCUCAGUCGCAAUGAAUCCUGGAUCGUCUGUGUCUGAAUCUGAGAAAGUCUUGAACAAGUACAUAGACAUGGCAAACCAAACCAAGGAGAUUUCCAACGAACUGGAAUUAGCCGUCAGAAUUUUUAAGGAAAUGGAAGAAUUUGAAACCACAGAAAUUGCAGCUUUUUCUAACAAAACUGACCUUCUAAAUGAGGAACUGGCAGCACUUAACAGAAAUAUUAGCUUAAAACUGGACAUUUUGAAGCCAUAUGUAGCAUUUUUAAAGUCAUCAAGUGAGGUCAGUGAUGAUGCCCAGAGGCUGAAAAAUUUCUAUACCACUGUUCAAGAAAAUGAAGCUAAAAUGGAGACCUUGAUACAGUCAGCUGACACUCAGUGGCAGAUGGUUUUAAAGAAAAUUCUUUCCACUCAGGAUAUGGGGCAUGGCUUUUUAAAUCUAGUCAACAUGGUUAAUGAAAAUCUAAUAUUGAAUGUGGAAAACGUUGUUCGAGUAACUGAAGAUACUAUGGAGAUUCUGAACAAAGAAAAAGAAGAAUUGACAAGACUGUGGACAACAUGGAAACUUAAUAUGACUCAAGUGAAAUCCAUCAAACAACAAUGUGGGAAAUUUAAUGAGCAAUUUCAAAAUACUAUCCAAACCUUGAACACUCUUCAGGAGGCACUAAGGUCUACUGCUGAAGUUGAUCUUGGAAGCAACAUUUCAAUACUUGUAGAAAUGCAAAAUAAAUUUAACAAAAUGAAACCACAAUUUCAGCAACUCGGGGCUGAGGUGGAAUACACAUUAAAGUUAUCAGAGCAGCUGAGCUUGAAGGGAGUACCUGACACAGAAAAGUCUGAGAAAGUAAGUGAGCUCAUUCAUCUCCAUAAGGAGAUAAAGGACAGAAUGGCUGAGUAUGAUGCAAUUUUCAACAAGACAGUCAAGUUCCACCAUGUCAAAGAGGAACUCGAAAAUCUCAUAAAAUCACAAGGAUUGGAGAUCUCAGAAAUGAAAGAUGUGCCCAGUGACUCUCCACAUGCUAAGAUCCACCUGAAUAAUGUCCAGGAGAAGCACACACGUAUCAGGAACCUGUACAAAUUGGCCCUCACACUUGGAAUGGAUUUAAUUUCAACAGUGAAACAUCCUAAUUCCUUUAAUGUUUCUGUAAAGAACCUCCAGCAGCAGCUAGAUGCCCUUGAGUCUGACAGCAUUCACUGGGAUUCCAAAGCUGAGAAGUAUGAGGAAGAGCUGUCACACAUCAUACGCUUCUGCGCCACCAGAGAGGAGAUACACGAGCUCAGAGAAUCGUUUAAAGAUCUGAAAAAGAAAUUCAACAACAUGAAAUUUAACUAUAGCAAGAGAAGCGAAAGAGCAAGAAACCUGAAGACCCUAAGAAUUCAGAUACAGCAAGUUGAGGCAUAUUCUGAGAAAAUGCAGCAGGUACUGAGAAAGAAAGCAGAGAAUUUAAAGAAGAAAAUUAUAGAUUCCCUGCCAGCAUUACCUAGUGAUAAAGCUGGCAUACUCUCUGAAUCAAUCAAUGAACUAGAGAAGCAACUGAGUGAAUUUGGCAAAAAUAUGGAGGAUUACAAGCAGAAUUUAGACCUCAUGGAACACCUGCAGCAGCUGAUGGAAGAGUGCCAGUUUUGGUGUGAAGAAGCUAGUGCUACAGUAGUUAGAGUUGAAAAAUAUUCAACAGAGUGCAAGACGAAGGAAGCAGUAGAAAUACUCCGCAAACAAUUCAACAAGUUUGUUGAACCUAUGGUCCCUCAACAGGAGGAAAGAAUUCAAACAAUCACUAAACUUGCUAAAGACUUAUAUGGUAUUGAAGAAGGAAAGCGGUAUGUUGAGAAGUUAGGAGCAAAGUACAAAGAAGUACUUAAUUCUGUCAGUGAACUAUGCAGUUCCUUAACAGAACUGGAAGACAAGCUGGAGGAGGACUCACAAGAGGGAAAACUAGCUAAUUCUGAUCAUUUUGAUGGUGAUCACAAAGCAGAACAUGAAAAACAGAAAGAGAUGACUGAUAAAGCGUAUAUGAAAGACAAGUCAAAUGAGCUGGAGCAGGAAGAGAAGGUUUUGGCUGAUACUUCAGUUAUCUGUCUGGCCAGUGAGGAUUCUGUUUCAAAGGACACCGAACUCUUGCCUUCUGCCAAAGAGGAUAGCUUUCAGGCUGAGUUCCUGGCAGAAGAAAUGCCCUCUGGAGACGAUGAAUAUGAGUGUAUAUCCCCCGAUGAUAUCUCUUUGCCUCCGCUUUCUGAGACACCAGAAUCCAAUCUUCUGCAUUCUGAAACAGAUCUAGAAGAGCCACCUUGCUGUAGCUCGCGGGGACUGCAUGUCAGCUCUUAUACUGUGCAAAUGCCGAUAAAUGCUGGCAGCAAAAGAAUGGCUGGUGAAUCUGAUCCCUUAACCUCCGCUGCUUAUGGUGACAUGCCUGGUCACAGAAAGGAAUGUAUGUCAGAUGAGCUAGAUAGAUUUUCCUCCUCGACCAUAAGUUACCAUUCAGAAUGCAAAGUGGAAUCCCCCAUUGCACAUAGUUCGCCAGAAAUGCCUGAAGCCAGCCCUGUUCCCUGCACGCUCAAGACCAAGUCAUCCUAUUGCAUGACGAGUGAAGUGUGCCAGACCCAUUUGCAACGCCAUGAGGUUCACAACGGCAUGACAGAAGCACAGAGGCAAUUGCAUGGCAUAAAUAACUUUACUAAAAACCAGGAUAGGCUGCAUGCUUCACCCAAUACAUUCUCAGAUCUCCUGUUUCAAUCAGACGCCACCAGAAGCUGUCAGAGGCAGAUGGUCACCCGAGAAGAGAUUAAAAGUGUAUCUGAAAAGAACCGCAUGGUCAGCCUAUCUGGACAGGCGCCUAACUUCUCCAAGCUUCUGUCUAAUGUAACUGUCAUGGAAGGUUCUCCGGUGACUUUGGAAGUAGAAGUAACAGGAUUCCCAGAGCCUACACUGACCUGGUUCCAGAAGGGACAGAAACUGACUGGAGAUGAGCACAUAGAGCUCUUACACAAGGAUACAAAGCAUUCUUUGUUCAUUCAGAAGGUGUGUGACACAGAUGAUGGCCUCUAUGUGGUUCGGGCAAAAAAUUCUAGUGGCACAGUCUCCUCAAGUGCCAUCCUCCAUGUGAAAGAACAGUGUAAUGCCAAUUUUCACAAAGGUCAGAGAAGAGAUGCUUUGAGAAUGAAUCCAAAAACUGCCCUGAGACCCUUUAUUGAGGGGAAAGCAAGAUAUAAAUGAAGCAAAUAAAAAUAU